AUGUCAAAGAGGCUGGAUCGCCGCUUCCGCCUGGAGGCGUUUGUCUGGCGGAUGAAGUACUUCUGAGCAUGGCUGGCCACCUGCGUGGGCGUCCGAGAGACCACGAAGUUGCGAGAUAUUCCCCUCCAGUCGCCCUUGCCAAGCUUUUUCAGGCCCAGAAGGAACAUCCUGUGCUCAUCCUCGGUCCAUGGAAUGCCUGUCCACAGUCAACGCAUGAAAUACUUGCUAAUGAAAAAAAGGAGCAAUAAUCAUAAGACCAUUUGAUCUCAGUGAUUAAGUACUUCUGAUGUGCCCAUGAUCGGAAAAUUGAUAAUUUCACAACGUGGGAGGUAAAGAUCUCCAGGGAGAUCCAUCAGAUCUGAAACUCCCUCAAGCGUAAAGACAGUUGAGAAUAUUUUGUCACGAUAAUUUGAUCAUCUUGAGCUGGAUUCCAACCAAUUUUUGACGUCUCAAUCAAAAAACGAGCAUUUUGAUAAAUAAUUGUCCAGGAUGUAUUCAGGAACCAUUUCCAAAACCCGCUGUAGGGAGAAAAAAAUAUUUUAAAAAAAAGAAAAUCACUCAAGAACCUUAUCUGUACUAGGAAAACUGAGAGAGUAGACUGUUAUCCGGAUCCUCCAUGAGCAUGUCUGACCAUGCACAAAACAGAGUUGGUUUACAUACACAUAACGACCUCGGCAGAAUCUAGACAUAAAAAAAUCUCGAGGGCAGAACACCCAAUGUCUCAAAACCUCAUCACCUCCAUCUUGAUCUUUUCCAAAAAAAAAGUCAGGCUCUAAUUCUAACGUCAAGAACUGUUUCCAAUCAAACCAGGGGACAUGGAACUUUAAAAUAAUCAAAAUAGUAUCCAAAAAGCACCAAAUAUAUUGUACGUCUCAAGAAAUAUAUUAGUGACCAACUAUAGUUUUUAGGUGAGUUUUCAUUAAAAAAAAAAAAGGAAACCUUGUCUAGCAUGAUGUGUGCAGGUUUCAUUCUCACUCUCCUGCUCAUUAAACUCCGUGGGCUGUGCAAAUAUGCUCACAACUGUCAUUUAUUCAAUAUCAAUAUCUAACCAACAAAAUAUGGUCAUAGACAGAGCCGAGCACGGGAUCUCUAAGAAGAAUAAUGAUUAUAAAUUGUAUCUGCAGUUGAUAAAUAAUAGUAGUUAUAGUAAUACUAAACCAACACGCAAACAAAAAAGAGAUAUUUCAAAGGCUUAACACAGAACAUAAAUCUCGAUAUGGCCUAAUCUUGAUGUCCCUGCCAUUAAGAGAGAAAACAAACACAACCCAAGGUGAUUCACAGGAAAAUAGUUCAUACAUGACUGGACACAAAACAUAA